CAUAGUUGAUUACCACAACAAAUGGACUCUUGAAGAAAAAUCGCCAUGUAAACUUAUUCUUCUGUGGCUUGUUUUAAAGCCUUUUAUUAAAAAAUCGCCUUGCUAGACGCUUCAAUAGCACUAUUCUGUGAGGUUAUUAUGCUUGGCCAUCCCUAAUGGGGCAGUUUCAUGGGAUUUUAGCACGAAAAGAGUCUUCGAGAUCCAAAGAAGCUCUCCAGACGUUCCCAGAUCUGGACAAUCUUCCUCCAGAACUGGCUGUUGCUGUGUUGUCGAACCUUAAUGCUACCGACCUAUGUCUUGCUGCCUGUGUGUGGGAUCACCUUGCAAAUAAUGAUUUAUUGUGGAUGAGCCUCUGUAGGACAACAUGGAAGUAUGUACCAGCUUAUAAAGAAAUGCGCAAGAGUAACCUUCCAUACAAAUCCCUAUAUCUUCUCUUAGAUGAUGGAACCUGCUUAUUUAAUGUGUACCCCAAAGAGGGAAUGCUGUUUUUCCUUAAACAUAGUAUCUUGGAAGACAGYGUAGAAGAUAUAGCAUUAUUUAUAAAUGGAGCAAGUGUGUUUCGUUCUGAUGCAGUCAGAGAUUAUUUGUAUGACAGGAGGGACAUUCUUGAAGAAUUAAUUAAGCUACAAACGUAUUCCAAUAUGUUUUUACCAGAAGCUAUGAGAAAGCUGUUUGAUUUGAUACAACCACCAGAAGAAAGAGGUGAAUACAUUGACACAUUAAUAGAAGUGUUCAGCAGAAGAUAUUUAGAAUGUAAUCCCACAUGUGAACUCUCACAAGAUACACUAGUAAUUCUAUGCAACUCACUACUACUACUCAGUGUUGAUCUAAGCAGCCCAAAAGUUAAAAAUAAAAUGACCAAGAGAGAGUUCAUUAAAAAUCUCCGAGGGGUAGUACACCCAUCAAGUGUUGACUUUAUUGGAGACCUUUAUGACAAUGUUUAUCUACAAGGACAUGUAGCUGUCCCAAAAGGAAAGUGCCUCAAAAUACAAACUUUUCCUUUUGUACGACCUUAUGGAAACAUCUUUUUUGCUAUAUGACUUAAAACCUUUGUUUUAUCAAUUUUAGUCAAGAACAAAGUUUAUGUACUCAAACGAUAAUACUGACAGGCUCAGUUGUUUUUAUCGAAUGCACUUGUGGUUAUUUUAGUGAUAGAUAUUGGUGCUGUUUUUGUACAUUUUAGAGUAUCUGAAUAGACCAUAUUUGAAUUUG